AUGUAUUUAAUAUGGUCAUAUAGAAGUGAAUCUAUUGUAAGAGUUCCUGCUCACUGGCUGUGGCCUGUUUCUUCAUUUUUUGACUGGUCUUUUAGCUUACCAGGUUCAAUCACUGUUCCUUGCUGGGUUGCGAUUUCAUCGAGUGCUUCAAAAACAGUUGCUAAAUAUUUUUAA